GGAGCACAUAGAGUGUGUAUGAGAGAGAGAGAGUGAGUGAGUGAGUGUGUGAGAGAACGGUCAGAUAGCAUCGACGUAACAUGAUACGCUCGUUUAUGCCAAACUACACUAACAGCGGCACAGGCAGGGCAAACUACCUGCGCACACAUACUAACUCACACACUUUAUCAUCCUAUUCCAGUGUGUCUCCGGGUGAGAAAAAGACAGUACAGUGUGAGUGUGAGGUUGGGGGGUGUUUUGUGAGGUGGUUAGGGGUGGCACGUCAGGGGCAGCAGAAUUUCACCAGCCUCGCCUAUCGAUUGGUGGUACACUCUGUCACGUCUGCCCCCUUGUUACCCCGCUAUCACCUACCUACUGUACUCACUCUGCACCCGUGUUGUUUGAAUUAAUCUCUCGUCGUCCGCCAGACCUGUUCAAACAUGCCAUUCGACCCCGCUUAACCACUUCCACCCCCCACCCUUCUACAGCAAAUAGUUUUUACCGGCUGCCAAACACAAGUUCAAGGACCCGGCCGUCAAAAUAAUCACACAUCACUGACAGCUGGCAAUGAGGGAAGAUUCAUCGCAUUUCUGCUCACAUGUUCUGAAUCAAAACAUCCGCAAAUAAUAUACAAAAGUUUCUGAUCAAUUAAGUGACUUUCUCAAUAAAGCUAACCUCAAAGACACGAUCAAAUCACUUGGAAAUUGAUUUUCUCUUCAAAAUGACUCAAGAAAAUACUUCCCAGAGAGCAUCAAUCGACCUGAAGGGAUUACAAGAGGAGCUUCAGAAAGCAAUAGAUGACGACAAGCGUUAUUGGUUGGAGAAUGAUGCAAAAUUUCGGGCAGUUGAUCAGGGUACAAUCACGUAUGAUGAGUUCAGAGACAUUGUCAAAGCAGCGCAUUUGCAGCCUUUGGAAUGUAAGGACUUGAAAAAUCUAUCAACUUCCCACAAAGGAUGUAUUUGGAACUUGGUGUCUGGUUCGUCAGGUACUUCAAAUUACAUUGCAGAUGAAUCAUCAAACUCAACUGCGAAUAUUGAAAACCUCACCAUGACCAAAGAAAGUUUCCUCAAGAAUUUCAAAAAGUGCUCCACGGAUCAAGAAAGGUUUGUCAUGCUACGGAAUAUCUCAGUUGAUGGAGAGAUACCUCGUAUUUUUAGUUUAGAAAUACCAGUUGAUCUUAUGAGCAGCAUAGUUAGAGCUUUGAUUGAAUUCGAUGAUAAUCCUGAAUCUAUAAAAACUGUGUAUUCAAUCUUGAAACACUUCACAAAAGUUCAAAGGUUUGAACUGGGUCUGCAAUUUCUGAGCAGUAUUGAAAAGAAAGAAUACGGAAAACUGUUUGACAAACUGCUAGCUUCCACGCAAGUUUGUCAGCAAGAUCUAGUACAACUUGGUAUUACUGAAUGUGAAAUUAAAUUGUUGAGAGAAAAGUACAAAGUUUGAUUUAGAUACCUGUUAAGUGCAGAGGAACUUUACCUAUUAUUCAUACCAAGUUUCUUUAUAUCUCAUGGAAUAAAAUUACUUCGCUUGCAACUUUAUUUUCACUUCUCAUGUAAUAAAAUGUAUAUCGCUUCUAA